GAGAUGCAGUGUAGCGCGGCUUUGAGGCUCGGUCUAUACUCAGUUGGAAAACAGAUCGCUCGUCGGUCUAACGUAUCGUGGAUAGUUUCUAGAAGCAACAACAAACCAUGGCUAAUAUUAUGGACAUCGCGACGGAAGAUAAACUGGAGUACCAGUUCUUCCCGAUCCCCAGUGGCUCAGUGCAGUUCAAGGUCCGCGCUGCCAACGAUGCCCACAUCGCCCUCACCAUGGGACCGCAGGCGUCCGUCCCCAUGUAUGAGAUCAUGAUCGGAGGAUGGGGAAACACGAAGAGCGUCAUCAGGAAGAACAGGACCAAGCCCGACAAGGUCGAGAUCGAGACUCCUGGCAUCCUCAACGCCGGGGAGUUCAGAGGUUUCUGGGUGAGGUGGGACGGCGGCAUCGUGUCUGCCGGCCGCGAGGGCGAGGCCAUCCCCUUCAUCUCCUGGUCCGACCCCGAGCCCUUCCCCAUCGGCUUCGUCGGCGUCUGCACCGGCUGGGGCGCCACUGGCACUUGGAAGAUCGAAGAUGGAGCGGAGCUUAACACUCCGGACAAAUUAGAGUACACGUACGCGCCCGUGGCGUCCGGCUCGCUGGAGUUUGAGUACCGCGGGCCGCACAACGCGCACGUCUGCCUCACGCCCGGCCCCGCCGAGAUAGACCCCAUGUACGAAAUCAUCCUCGGCGGCUGGGAGAACACCCAGUCCGUCAUUAGGCACUGCAGACAAAAGCCCGACAAGGUGACCGUCCCGACUCCCGGCAUUAUGAAUCCCAACGAAUUUAGAAAGUUCAUCGUGACGUGGCGCUGCGGCAGGGUAGCGGUCCGCGACGGGAAAUCCGGCGAAGUGAUCAUGGAGUGGUCCGACCCGUCCCCGUUCCCCAUCAGCCAUUUCGGCGUCCGCUCCGCCUGGGGCGCCCGAGGCAACUGGCGCAUCCGCCAUUUUGCCGGCAACGGCCAACGACUGCCGUCCGCUCCAUCGGCUCCGCUGGCCGCGCCGUUGUACAGCUCGCCUCCCGGAUAUCCGAGCGUCGGUGCGGUUGGUGGUAGUCUGUGGGUAGACGCCACUUCCGGCCAAGUGCCGCCCGGCGCCGUCGCCGCCGGCCAGGACUGCAGCGGGGAGCCCCUGUAUGUGGCUAGGGCGCAGCACGAGGGUGCUCUGCUCCCGGGCAAGCUUGCCUCAUCGCACGGCUGCGCGUACAUCCCGUGGGGAGGCACGGAGCACGGCAAGAAUGGAUACCAGGUGCUAGUCGGAGGCCCCAACAACUGGGUGCCGACUAGCGGCUCCAACAUUCCACCGGGGGCUCUCCCGGGGGGUGAGUCCGAGGAUGGGGAGCCCCUCUUCAUCGGCAGGGUGAGACACGAGGGCAGCGUCACCCCGGGCAAGGUCCAGCAGUCGCACGGUGUCUGCUACAUCCCCUUCGCUGGCCAGGAGCUCGGCUUCCCCGAAUAUGAAAUCCUUCUCUCGUAAUUUUUUAUAGCUUGCAACAUUGAAAAUUGUUUAUUUUCACGCUGUGCCUUAAAGGUACUAUAUUAUUGCACCGCAACGUGUACGCUAUUGUGAUAAGUGUUAUAUUUUAUUAAAUUAUUUUACAUGA